ACUCUAUUGUAAAUAUUGUGAAAUGUGAAUUCAGAAUUGUGUUUAAAUAUUAAAUCAAAACAGUUUUAAUCUCAAUCUUUGUACAUUGUGUACUAAGAUAAAAUAAUUUAAAGAAUCACAAAAAAUCAAUCUAUUGAAUAAAUAUGAGAGAACGUGAACGUUAUAAAGAUAAAGGACAUGAUCGCACUAAAGAUAAACAUCGCGACCGUUCCAAUAGUUUAACUAGAGUGCGUAGGGGUAGGUCUCGAAGUUCAUCACCAAGAUCAAGGCGUGAACUACGUGAGCAUUCAAGAAGUCCACGUCGUGGUCGUUCUAGAAGUACUUCACCAAGAGCUAGACGUGAUGUGCGCAAAAGAAGCCGUUCUCGUCAGCGCCAUUCAAGAUCAAGAUCUCCUGUAAGACGGCAUUCAAGAGAGAGACGUCGUUCUAGAAAUCGCGAUUUACGAAGAACAAGGUCAAAAACUCCAACAAAAAAAGACAAAAAAUACACAAGGUCUGUCCAACACACUGCUCCUAAAGUAACAGAAGAAGAUUUACGCGGGAAAACUGCUGAAGAACAAGAAAUGAUGAAAUUGAUGGGAUUUUGUAACUUUGAUACUACUCAUGGUAAAGAAGUAGAUGGCAAUAAUGUGGGAGAUGUUCAUGUUAUACUUAAACGUAAAUAUCGUCAGUACAUGAACCGUAAAGGUGGAUUUAAUAGACCUCUAGAUUUUGUAGCUUAAGUAUAAAAAUUACAGUUAAUUUAAAUGAAAUAGUCAAUUGUUUAUUUGACUAACAAUAAUACAU